AUGGCAGAAAGGCAGCAACCGAAUGCCCAAGUCCUCGCAGAUCGACAACCCGCGAGCGAUGACAUGUCACUGCGCGAUAUACAAAGAUCGAUGAAGAGAGAUCCAGACGGACAUGGUAUAACUGCACUCGGCUUUGAUGGUGUGUUGCGUACAUUUGACGCCGAACGGAAUGUUCUUGAUGCGGUUGGUCUCAACCCAUCCCAAAUCAGAGAAUAUUACGAUGGUUUACCGAUGCCUGAGAAAUUCCUCGCCGCAGAUGGCCGUAAUGUAUCCCGUAGGAAUAUGCUCAAUCCCAAUGUAGAGGAUAUUCCCAGGAAACCUACAGAGGAGGACAGAGCUAGAACUCGGGCAUACAACGAGGAGUUGAAAAGGCGUGGAGUCUCAUGCUGUGUUACGGACAAGUCAGCAGAUGACAGUGAAUCUGUGUUAAAUCGUACAUAG